AACUGAUAGAGAGUUUUCGGAGUGAUCUUCAUUAUAGCUGGUCUUGCCCUUUCUUCUUCUACUUUCAGAUUUGACAAACGCCAUGGCGAGGGCUAACGUCACCAUUCAGGUCGGAGACGACGCCGUUGCACUCAUUACCAUAUCUAAUCCGCCAGUUAACGCCUUAGCUAUUCCCAUUAUUGCGGGAUUAAAGGAAAAGUUCGAAGAGGCAACGAGAAGAAAUGAUGUGAAAGCUAUUGUUUUGACUGGCAAAGGAGGAAGAUUUUCGGGUGGUUUUGAUAUUAACGUUUUUGAGAAAGUUCACAAGAGUGGGGAUGUUUCACUUAUGCCUGAUGUAUCCGUUGACCUUGUGGUUAACAUAAUUGAAGAUUCAAAGAAGCCGAUUGUUGCUGCCAUAGAGGGACUUGCCCUUGGAGGUGGUUUAGAACUAGCAAUGGGAUGUCAUGCACGUAUUGCUGCUCCUCGAGCUCAACUUGGGUUGCCUGAGCUUUCUCUUGGUGUUAUUCCAGGAUUUGGAGGUACACAGCGUCUUCCAAGGCUUGCAGGGCUGUCAAAGGCGAUUGAAAUGAUGCUGUCAUCAAAACCAAUAUUAUCUGAAGAAGGGAAGAAGCUGGGCCUUAUCGAUUCCAUAGUGUCUUCUGAAGAGUUGCUGAAAGUAUCACGUCUGUGGGCAUUAGGCAUUGCAGAGAGGCGCAAACCGUGGAUUCGUUCCCUUCACAGGACAGACAAGAUUGGAUCCCUGUCUGAAGCACGUGAGAUACUAAAAGUUGCACGUCAACAAGCGAAGAGAACUGCUCCAAAUAUGCCUCAGCACCAAGUUUGUCUUGAUGUGAUUGAGGAGGGCAUUGUUCAUGGAGGAUACAGUGGAGUUCUAAAGGAGGCAAAAGAUUUUAAGAAGUUGGUUAUAACAGACACCUCUAAAGGUCUUGUUCAUGUCUUUUUUGCUCAACGUUCAACAACUAAGGUGCCAAAUGUUUCUGAUAUUGGGCUUAAACCAAGGCACAUAAAGAAAGUUGCUGUCAUUGGCGGAGGUCUGAUGGGCUCUGGCAUUGCUACAGCUCUUAUUCUAAGCAAUAUAAAUGUUGUUCUUAAGGAAAUUAAUUCUGAAUAUCUUCUGAAGGGAACAAAAAUGAUUGAAGCAAAUGUGCGGGGCUUAGUAACAAAAGGGAAGCUGGCACGGGAUAAGGCUGAAAAGGCCCUCUCUUUGCUUAAAGGCGUUUUGGAUUACACAGAAUUUAAGGAUGUUGAUAUGGUCAUAGAGGCUGUCAUUGAAAAGGUUCCUCUUAAGCAAACAAUAUUUAGUGAAAUUGAGAAAGCUUGUCCUUCUCACUGCAUAUUGGCUAGUAACACAUCUACUAUUGACCUUCUUUUAGUUGGGGAGAAAACAAGCUCCCAAGAUCGCAUUAUUGGGGCACACUUUUUUAGUCCUGCUCAUGUGAUGCCUCUCCUGGAAAUUGUGCGAACAGAGAAGACUUCACCACAAGUGAUACUUGAUCUUAUGACAGUUGGAAAAGUCAUAAAGAAGGUUCCUGUUGUGGUGGGAAACUGCACUGGUUUUGCAGUUAAUAGAACGUUCUUCCCAUACUCACAAGGUGCUACUAUGCUGGUCCAUUUAGGUGUGGAUGUUUUCAGAAUAGACAGGGUAAUCAAGAAUUUCGGCCUCCCUCUUGGCCCAUUCCAGCUUCAAGACUUAGCAGGUUACGGAGUAUUCAUGGCAACUUCUAAACAGUUUCGAGAUGCCUUUCCUGACAGAACAUUUCAAUCACCUUUGAUUGAACUCUUAAUGAAAAGUGGAAGGAAUGGCAAAAACAAUGGAAAAGGAUAUUACCUAUAUGAAAGGGGAAACCAACCGAAACCUGAUCUGACAGUACUACCAAUAAUUGAAGAGGCUCGACGGCUAGCAGAUAUUAUGCCAGGCAGAAAGCCCAUAUCUGUAACAGACCAAGAAAUUGUGGAGAUGAUACUCUUUCCUGUAGUAAAUGAGGCAUGCCGUGUUUUGGACGAAGGAAUAGUUGUCCGAGCAGCAGACCUUGACGUUGCAUCUGUUUUUGGGAUGAGUUUCCCAUCUUACCGGGGUGGUAUUGUUUUCUGGGCAGAUUUGGUUGGGCCUAAACAUGUUUACUCAAGUCUGAAGAAAUGGUCCGCACUAUACGGAAACUUCUACAAACCAUCAAGAUUUUUGGAAGAACGAGCAACAAAAGGCAUUCUACUGAGUGAACCUGCUUCGUCAUCAGCUGCUUCAAGGGCACGCCUGUGAGCAAUAAAACAAGUAUGCUGCCCUCGAACUGGGUUGGUUGGUAAGGUUUAUGAAUUAUGUGGCUUUACUUACCAUCUAAUAAAAUCUCGAAAUGUAAUCAGAUUUAGCUUUCGAAGCUUUAUCCUCCUGUAACAUACUAUCGAGAAGUGUUUUAAUGUUUAGAAUAUUUAUGCAUCGGUUUUCAUAAAAUGAGUGAUAUAAUUAUUUUU